UGGUGCUCACAGUUCAGAGGACUGGUUGCAUGUGCUCCUCUCCCUGGCCAGUAGAGUAGAACCAGCUCAGCUUUGCUCAGACAUGCACAGACCCACAGAGUGCUGAACGCUCACUCAUGGCCCCUCACUACGCUCCCAGUCUCUGGGCCCGGCUGCCAGCCAUGGCUCUGAUGCUAGAGAUCAUCUUCAUUGUGCUUUUUGCUUUUUUUGUGGAAACAGAGGAAUUUAAAAAGACGAAAAAUCAAGAGUUUCUUUACUUAUAUGCAAACUUUCAAGAUGUUCAUGUGAUAGUGUUCCUGGGCUUUGGCUUCAUGUCCAUGUUCCUGGUGCGGUAUGGCUUCAGCGGGACAGGCUUUGGGUUGCUGGUGGCCGCAAUGGUAGUCCAGUGGGCCACCUUCAUCAAUGCCUUCCUGUCAUCUUUCCACUCCAGCCAUUUCAAAUGGCCAGUCCAAAUCAACCUGAAUAGCUUGGUUAAUGCAGAGCUGUGUGCAGCCUCGGCUCUUGUUGCCAUGGGUGCAGUCCACGGUAAGACCAACCCUGCACAGCUGCUCCUGCUGGGGCUCCUUGAGGUCACAGGGCUUGUGGUGAACCAGGGGCUCAUAAAAAAACUUUUCAAGAAUGACACAUUCAACACCACAAUGCAGCUGCAUGUGUUUGGUGCUCUUUUUGGAGUGAUGACGUCCUGGGUGCUUUAUCGCAGUGAGGCUGAGCCAAGGCACGAGAAGGAAAAGUUUGACAGCAAAACUGGCUUGUUUUCUACACUAGGGAUGCUGUUACUGUGGAUGUUCUGGCCUAGUAUUAACUUUGUGGAAGCUCAGGAAAUCAGGAUCAUGUAUAGCACAUAUCUGUCCCUGGCAGUAAGUGCAGUAACAGCCAUGGCGCUCUCUGUGCUGCUGAGUCCCAAAGGGAAAAUCAACCUGGUGCAUGUGCAGGGUGCCGCCCUGGCAGGUGGGGUUGCUAUUGGAGCAAUCAGAACAGUCCUUGAUCCAUGGGUCGCCAUGGUGAUUGGCAUGUGUGCUACUCUUUUGUCCACUCUGGGAUUUCGAUAUAUGAAGGAUCACAUGCUGUUUGCUUUUGAGUGUCAUGAUACCUGUGGUGUCCUGAGUGUACAUGCUAUACCAGGAAUUCUGGGAUGGUUUGCUGAUCUUUUCCUACAGCUGGUCAACACUGAUGAUGCCACAAUAGCCAUCAGGUUUGCAGUGCAUUACAUCUGUAUUUUACUCAUCUCCGUCAGUAUGAGCCUGGUUACAGGCACCAUCACAGGAUUCCUCCUGAAAUUGAAAUUUUGGAAACCUCAGCAAGACAGGAAGUGUUUUGAUGAUCAGGCAUUCUGGGAGUUCCCACACUUAGCAGUGCACAAUUAAGAAAACAGUGGCUUAUUCAGGAAAACCAAGAAGACUCAAACAAGGUUUUAUGUAUGUGUGGUUAUGGGUGUGAAGUGUCUAAAUAAACAUACCUCCGACAUUACAGAAAUGCACUGAUUACCACAACCGACACAACAGGAUAACCCAGACCUGGCUAAACCGAAGGCCGACUGAAUUAGUUAAAUGCUGCCAGAGUAUACAAACAGGUCCUUAAGUUAAAUGCUACCAAUGUAAACACACACAACUUUCAGUUAAACAGUGCCAGAGUGUACAAACGCACUACAUAAGAGAGAAAGGCCUUCAUCCAGUGUCUAUAAUACAGUCUUGGUUAACUUCUUUGUGUGCAAAUUCCAAUGUUAAAGAGAAGAGAGAUAGAAAGCUUAGCAUCACUGUUAGAUCUUAACUGAAUUUAUUAGGCAGCAAAUAAAUUAUAGUAGUACAAUGUGACUUUUAUAGUAGUACAAUGUGACUUUUUAGAUGUGUGGUAAAUGAAACACAAAACGUGAUCAUUAGUUAUGUGCUCAAUAAAAAUACAUCACAAGCUGAAUAUAGUGCCAACAUCCAACAGCCUUUUUUUUUUUUAAUUUUGAUGCAUCACUUUAGCUAUCAAAUAUCUUUACUCUUUUUGUCUAAAGUAUAGUGAAAGUGUGUUUCUUAA